AUGAUGUUGCCUUUAACCUUACUCAUUUUUGUUCUAAUUUCGCAAUUCGACUCGAUUCAAUCCAGUUGUCAAAAGAACCCUCUCUGUCGUUACAAUGGCCACCUAAUGACCAUCACAUGUAACAGUAAAUUCGCACAAAACAAUAUCACAUUGCCUACCCCGGAUAUAUCAUGUUUUCCACCAGUUAAUACCUAUGUCUUUCUGAAUUUCGAACAAAUUCAAGCGUACACGUUUUACAAUUUGACCUUUCCGGCAAAUGAAACGUUUACGAUUAAAUUACUGAACGUAUCAACGAUUGAAUCUGACACAUUCUCCGAGACGAUUAGCCUACCGAAUAGUUCGCAGUUAUCCAUUGAGAUUGGAGAGGCCGGUACGGUAACAGAUAUCACCAUAAAACCGAAUGCAUUCAAUCAGAUUAAAAUUCACCGUUUACAUUUCUUGAACCUGAAUACUUUCAAUGGACACUCAACGUUUGAUACAAAUGCAUUCGGCAAUAACCUUCAAAUCGAUGUUCUGCUAUUCGACCAAUGUAAUCUAACGAGUUUUUCCAAUCUAUCAUCCAACACUACCGUUAACAAACUAAUCCUUCGAAAUUCCCCGUCUUUCACACAGUUAACCAGCAAAACCGUACCAUCAUUUUUACCCACAAUAAAAUCUUUGGAGAUCUCCACCACAGGUCUUCAGAGCAUCGAUGCACAUACAUUUCAAGCAUGGUCACUUAUUCUCGAAGAGUUCAUCUUGACCAACAACUCAAAUUUGGAAAGUUUCCCACCAGCUAUAGUCGAUGGCGUGUUAAUGAAAUUGAAUAAAGUAGAUAUAAGUGACAAUUCGAUCAAAAUGGUUGAUGCGAACUACGACUGGCUUCCAUAUAGUUACACAAAAGAUUUAGCUUUGAAAAAUCAACAGUUGGACUUAUUUCUUCGUUCGAAUAUGCUGAAAAUGCUGCCAUUUUUACAAAAGAUUGAUCUUUCCGGAGGUUAUCUCGGUGACGAUGACGAAAAUUUAUUCAAAAGCUUUUUUCCAAACUUGACGAACCUAACUUCACUCGAUAUUUCUUAUACAAAUUUAACUGAAACAAUGAUUAUUGAUGUUUUGACAAAAUUGAGUCAAACAACAACUCGAUUUGUCGAUAUUUACUUACGUGGUCAGCACUUGACCGACGAAAACUUCUGUUCUUAUUUUACUGUAUACAAAAAUGCACCUAGCCUACUCAACCUGUUUCUCGAUCAGUCACAUCCAUGCAAUUGUAUUGUGGAAUUAUUCUAUCGGGAUACAGUACCAGAAACAAGAAUUAACAACUCCAUGUCACAUCCAGCAUGUUUACUUGACUCCUCUCGACAACGAUGUAAUAUUCAAGCACAAAUAUCCGUGUCGAAUUGUCAAAUUGGUGCACAAAAACCUGAUACAUCUGAUGGAGAUAACGAUCUUGGAGAUUAUGCAUUUGGUGCUGUCGUCGCUGGCGUAGUCGUCGUUUUAUUAGUGAUGCUGUCACUUGGAUACGGUGUCUACCAAAUACGACGUCGGCGUAAUACUGUUCUUACUAUGGAACAACCGGUGGAGAAUCCUCAGACAGCUAUCGUUGAGGAGCGCUUGUCUGUGUAA